AUGAAGGAGAAAAUGACUCAGCCGCACAGUCCAAACACCCAUGUACUUUAUAGCCCUUGGCUGCUCUUUCAACUGAUUUGGGAAUUCACUCAGAGCGAUGUCCUCACAUUUGUCUUGCCCAAUUCGGCCUUCGGUAUCCUAAGCGCCCUUGCCGCCGCUGGCUUCUCUAUUGAUUGCCCGCAACCAAAUUGGGAACAAGUACUCUUCAGGUCGCCAGUGGUAGUUGCCUUUAACUGGUACAGCGUGCUUCUUUUCACACUAGCAAAUCAACGACGCCCCGAGUCAAUCCAAGAGGAUGCUAUCAACAAGCCAUGGCGACCUGUUCCAUCGAAUCGAGUGCAACCUGAACUGGUUCGCAAAGCGAUGCUGGUUCUGAUCCCGCUUUCCAAGGCUCUCAACUAUUCCAUUGGCCUGUGGCAAGAGGGCUUGAUGAUCCAAGUGCUAACUUGGAUGUACAACGACCUUAGGGCCGGCAACGAGCUCAUCCGCGACGCCGUCAUCGCUGUUGCGUACGGCUUCUUCAACCUGGCUAGCUUGAAAAUUGCUCAGGGGCCCAACUGCCACAUUUCCACUCCGGUUUAUUUGUGGAUUCUGACCGUGAGUGGUGUGAUUCUUACGACUAUGCAAAUCCAAGACUUGAAAGACCAAGAAGGCGAUCGAACAAGGCUCAGAAAAACCAUUCCUCUUGUCUUUGGAGAGACUUUCUCGAGGGUCACUAUCGCCGCCUUCACAUGUGUGUGGACGGAGCUGGCAGUCAAGUUUUGGAAGUUGGGUUGGUUAGACGCUAUUGCUACAAGAACCAUCGCCCUCACACUUGUUGGGAGGGUGUUGACUAAGAAAGGAGUUGGUGAGGAUAGAAACAACUGGAAGCUGUGGUGUUUCUGGACGGUGAGCUUGUAUUCUAUGCCAUUAAUUUCACACCAGUAA